UGGUGAUUUGCUGCUGUGAGUCGUCCAAAGAGAAUGCAGAGGUGUUGAAGCGACGAGGAACAAAAGCGAAGCUCAAGCAUUUCUUUAGAUAAAGCGUGGAAGAGACAGGCGGUGAGGUUGAAACAAGAGGAGAGACAAAUGAGAAGCUUUGAAGGUCCAACACAUGCCGCCGCUGCUUUGUUAUCCUAUGGAUAGAGAACGAGAAGAAGACGGCAUCGGUAGGUGGUAAAGCAAGGAAGGACUGGUGGCGGACUCUGAGCAAUUCCCCCGUCUCCUUUCUCGCUUAGCUUCCAUGAGGAAGCUGUGGCCGAACCUGGACCGAGAAGAUGGACUGGACACCGUCCUCGAGGUGCCCAUCCCCGAGGAGACGUUCCUUUCCGACGCCAGCUCCAGGAGCAACAAGACACUCUGUUCCAACAUAAAGGCGUGGAUGCGAUCGCACGUCGACCGGUCGCCGCCAUCGCCCAUUGGCCGCGGGGCCGAGCUCCAGCUCAUGCUCGGUGUCAUCGGGGCGCCUCUCGUCCCGCUUCCCGUCCAAGCGUAUAGAUCCACACUCGUCCGCGGCAUGGAGAAGGAUCCUAUUGAAGUCUCCAUGGCCAAAUACAUCGUACAGCAGUACAUCGCGGCGUCGGGAGGGGAGCAAGCGUUGAACGCGAUAAACAGCAUGUACGCCGUGGGGAAGGUCCGCAUGACGGCGUCGGAGUUUCCCAAGGGCCACGGCGGCGGCGGCGACACGGCCAGCAACAAUAGGAAGGUAAGAAAGGGCGGUGGCUUCGACGGCGCCGGGGAGAUUGGGGGUUUUGUGCUGUGGCAGAAGAAGCCGCAUCUUUGGUGCUUGGAGUUGAUGGUGUCCGGGUGCAAGUUCAGCGCCGGGAGCGACGGCAAGGUGGCGUGGAGACAAACCCCAUGGCACCAGUCCCACGCCUCCCGUGGCCCGCCUCUCCCCCUUCGCCGUUCUCUUCAGGGUCUCGACCCGAGGUGCACGGCCAACUUAUUCGCUCGCUCGGUGUGCCUCGGGGAGAAGAGGGUCAACGGGGAGGAUUGCUUCGUGCUAAGGCUGGAUGCGGAGGCGGCCACCUUGCGAGCCCGCAGCAGCAGCACCGUAGAGAUCAUCCAGCACACCGUGUGGGGCUACUUUAGCCAGCGCACGGGACUGCUCCUCCAGCUCGUGGACUCCCGCCUCCUUCGGAUCAAGUACUCGGCGAGCAAGGGGAGCGUGUACUGGGAGUCCACCAUGGAGUCGCUCAUCGAGGACUACCGGCCCAUCGACGGCGUCAACAUCGCACACGCCGGGAGGACCAAGGUGUCUCUGUUCCGGUUCGGGGAGACCAGCGACGGACACACGCGGACGCGGAUGGAGGAGACGUGGAACGUGGAGGAGGUGGACUUCAACAUAUGGGGGCUCUCCACGGACUGCUUCCUGCCCCCGGCGGACCUCAAGGAGGACGAGGAAGGUGCUGACGUUGGCGACGGCCCGGUGGCAACUGCGCCUCCACCUUCCAGUGUGCAACCGGCGGCCACUAGGAUCGGGCCUUCGCAGGUUGCUGCAGUUGACGUAGACGAAUCGGACUCCACGUCGACUGAAGAAGAAGAAGAAGAGAGGCAAUAAUAUCAUACAUAUAUUAUAUAUAAUACGAUAAGAAGAAUUUAAUGUGUAAAUACUGCACCGAUGUAAAGAAUUUUGGAGUGCAUGGGGUUUUCAGGCUAAGCUCUCCAAAUCUGUGCAUGUCGAACUACAGAUGUAAUGUAAUUACUGAUGUGUAAAUACUGGAUCA